UGCAGGCGCGUGGCUGCGCGCACUCUACUCCAUGGAAUUACAAUUCACAAAUAAAAAAAAUGAAACGUCAAAUAAUUCCUGCAAUUAAUAAUUCCAAAUUCAAACACGGAAUAGAACGACUGCGCUUCAACAUGGCGGAAUUCGGACGAAGUGCAUAAUUUCCGAGUGGUGUGUAUUGACUUUUCGUGUUUUGUUUAGUGAUAAUUGUGAUAGCGAGUGAUGCCAAGCUAUGGGUGUGAUAAUGACAACUGUUUAUGGAAUUGGAUUAAACAUUGUAGCGGAGUUUAUGGCGCUGCGGACAAAGAAGCAGAUGAGGAGGAGGGUAACGCAGGCUCGGGGCCCGCCGACGACACGGAGGAGGAGGACAACACCAAGCACAUACUGCCCCUCAACGCGCAGCCCAACACUGUUGAGGUGUCUGCCAGUAUGCAAGAUUUCUUCAAAAUGCUGGACGAGAAAAUUGAAAAGGGUAAAGAUUACGACUCGUCGAGCGAGACAGAAGUGCAAAUAGAGAAGGAGAGAAGAAGGAAACUGAUAGACCAAUGGCGGUCGGCGUCGCAGUCCACGCAGUCGUCGUGUUCUCAGUCCAGCCCCAACACUCCCGCCCGGCGGAGAAUGCAGAGACCGGCACCUCACGCGCCGGACAGGCAGAACAGCCCCGGGGCCGUCAGGAGGUGCUACCGGCAGCAGCACGUCCCCGAAGGUAUGUCCCCGCCGACGCGCCGAGCACACAGCGCCCAGUCCCACCACCCGCCUGACGUCCGACCGACCAACGGGGACUGGCAGGACCCCACCAAGUCCCCCGUCAAGCGGCCCCAGAGCGCCGGCGCCAACUGGAAGAGCAACCCCAAGGUCGCGCCCUACAAUCAGAAACCGAAGAAAAACGAGGCCAACGAGAACCAACGAGCGAUCCAGAAGGAGGACGGGAACCAGUCCGACUCCGACGCUUCGCAGAUCACCUACAACCCCACAUUCCAGACCCACAGCCCGGCGCACUCAGCCAAGUCCCAGCAGCCCUACAUCGCGCAGAUCAUCAGCUACCCCAUGUCGCAGCAGGUGACCCCGCCAUCUCCACCCAAGUUCAUCGCACCGCCUGAGGAAUACCAGGACCCUCAGAACAACGUCGUCGAUAACAAGUACACUCAAAAGCAGAGCCCGGGCAGCACCGGCUCCCAAUCCCACAUCUACUACAUCCACGGCAACACCAAUGCUCCGCCGGAUCUGGCGACGCAAAGGCAGCAGACGGCGUUACAUUUGCAGCAGUACGUAGCCAUGAAGCAGGCGCAGCAGCACAUGUUCACGUAUCUCCAACGCGGCCCGCAUACCGUGUUCCCUAACGUGGACUACUCCCAGGUGGGUACCAGGAUGUAUGAGGGCGAGGAGUACGCGCAGUACCAUCAUCCGGCGAUGCGGCCCCACACCGCACCUACCCCAGUAGGCGUAGUGCGACCCAUGCCCGUCGCGCCCGGCUUCGGACCCAUGGCAGACGGAGCCCACAUGGUUCAAAUGCCGAUGUGGCCGCACGUCCCGCCAGUAGUAUCCACCAUGGGCCCCUGGGUGCCGCACGGCCAGGAGAUGCAGUACUACCCCCAAUCUCAGUUCGUUCCGAUGUACCGAGCUCACUCCGCGGGCUCGGCGGGCACCCUCACCAGAUACCACAAGAAGGACACCGAUGGGGAGAUGAAGAACGUGUGCCAAAGCAUCAACCUGGUGCGGCAGAAGCAGAUCGGGCAAAUUGUGUCCGUUCCUGGUCAGGAGCUGUCGGUCUGUAACAGCGCUAGCGACACCUCCAGUACAGCCACCAUGAGCUCCGAAAGCGGGACUUCCCCGGGCGCCAUCCCUAAGAAUACCUUCACCCAGGAGCCCUACGCGCCCACAGAUAAGGUCAAAAAGAAGGGCCCGUUCGGCACGCGCUCGCUAAAGAACUCCAAAAGCCUAGACUCUUAACUGUAAUUAUGUAGAUUUUCUAAGUGUUAGCUCUAGUCACCUGUACAUGAUAGUUACGCUUUUGUUGUGUCACGUUGUGGUGAAUCAGUUGCGGAAACUUUAGGCAUAUUUCAUUGCAUAAAUUGAAGCAAUUUCACGAAAAGAUAUUUUAAAAUUUAAAAAGUUUUGCAAAAAAAAAUGAGUGUGCACUUUUCAAGACAAAGAUCGGCUGGCAGGUCAAUCAUGACUUUAAUACAAACAAUUUAAAGAAUAUCAACUCCAACAUUUAAACUAAUUUAAUUUAAGCUAAUGACAUUUCUAAAUUAUUAGACAAACAAGUAUUUGAGCACUUUUUCUUUAGUUUGUCUUACGUAGUCAGAAAACUCCCCUAAAGUUUCUGCAAUUGAUCCAAAACGUAUGAGGAUUGGUGUUCUUGGAUUUCUAACUCUGUGAUCUGUAUUAGGGUUUAAGUUGCAAAUAUUAGUUAAGUUAGGUCCCAAUAGGUUUUAGCUUCUAUUCAGUAAAAUUACGGUACACGAUUAUUAUUAAACAAUUUAU